AAAAAGCAGAAAGCCCUAACCCACGGCCCCACCGGAUGCAGGAGGCCAGCUGACACACUGACUGUCUAGGGAAGUGCGGGCUCAGUGCCUUCCACUCCGGAGCCUGAGCUCAAUGAAUGCAGCUUCUGAAGCAUGGCCUGAAUGACUCAGUCUCCCUCACGAUGCAGCCAGGCCACAAGCGGUGCUAGGUCGCUGCUGCCACCAAACAGUUAAAGCAACGUCUUCAAACAGCAAAUGAAUCAAUGCUUGACCUUCUGUUGUAGGAAGAAUCUGAAGCCCUUACGGAAGCCACCCGCGAGGACCAUGUCCUUCGGGACCCCCACCUUUUGAUCCCCCCAGAAGACGACGCGACAUCACCCCGUGACCAUGACGCCGGCCACUUCGGCCAGCAGCUGGCCGUCCUCUCCCCAGGGAGCCUGCUUCCUGACCAACCACAGCGCCCCGUCGCCACGCAACUUCUCGGGGGCCCCGAAUUCCACCGACUGCCCCAUGGAUGAGCACCUGCUCUCGCAAGUGCUUGCCGCCUUCUACUCGGUCAUUUUCCUCGUGGGGCUGGUGGGGAACAUCAUCGCCCUCUAUGUGUUCCUGGGGAUCCACCGCAAAAGGAAUUCCAUUCAGAUCUACCUCCUGAACGUGGCCGUGGCGGACCUCCUGCUCAUCUUCUGCCUCCCCUUCCGCAUCCUGUACCACCUGAACCACAACAGGUGGACGCUCGGCGUGAUUCUCUGCAAGGUGGUGGGCACGCUCUUCUACAUGAACAUGUACAUCAGCAUCAUCCUGCUCGGCUUCAUCAGCCUGGAUCGCUACGUCAAGAUCAACCGGUCCGUACAGCAGCGCAAGGCCGUCACGACCAGACAGAGCAUUUACGUUUGCUGUAUAGUCUGGGCCGUCGCUCUGGCUGGGUUCCUCACUAUGAUUAUUUUAACCCUGAAGGGCGGAGGCCACCAUUCCACCAUGUGUUUCCAUUACAGAGAUAAGCGGAAGGAGAAAGGCGAAGCCAUUUUUAAUUUGGUGCUGGUGGUCAUGUUCUGGCUGGUUUUCCUCCUGAUCAUCCUGUCCUAUCUGAAGAUCGGCAAGAACCUAUUGAAGAUUUCGAAGAGGCGGUCCAAGUUUCCCAAUUCGGGCAAAUACGCCACGACAGCCCGGAAUUCCUUCAUCGUGCUGAUCAUUUUCACCGUCUGUUUCGUGCCCUUUCACGCCUUCCGCUUUGUGUACGUUUCCGUACAGCUCAACGUGUCCUCGUGCUACUGGAAGGAGAUCGUGCACAAGACCAACGAGAUCAUGCUGGUCUUCUCCUCUUUCAACAGCUGCCUGGACCCCGUCAUGUACUUCCUGAUGUCCAGUAACAUCCGCAAAAUAAUGUGCCAGCUUCUUUCUAGAAGGUUCCAAGGGGAUUCGAGCAGGAGUGAAAGCACGUCGGAGUUCAAGCCAGGGUACUCCCUCCACGAGACGUCAGCCGCGGCGAAGAUUCAGACCGGCUUCUAAAGCAUUUUUGGGCAACACGUUCAAAAGCCUCUUCAUUCCUUGAAGAAUGGAACGUUUUCCAGGAUGAAACGCUAGCAUUUACAAGGCCCGAAUCUCCCCAGAGCUCUUUUCUUAUGGGCGAUGUUUCAUUUGCUUUAAUUGUAAAAUAUUUCAAGGAAAACAAAAGCUUACGCUUAUCACUAGAUUUUAAGUCUGUGUGUAAAUCUGUUCAAGAUAUAUUGGUCAGCUAACACUCUUCAAAAGUUUUAAAUUUUCUUUCAUUUUCAAAAAAUCCUCACCUGAGGAUAUCCCCUCUCCCACUGACUUUUUAGAGAGAGUAGAAUGGAGAGAGAGAGAGAGAGAGAGAGAGAGAGAGAGAGAGAGAGAAACAUCUAUUGGUUGCUUCCCUCAUGCAUCUGGGAUUGAACUUGCGACUGAGGUGCAUGCCCUUAACCUGAAUCUAACCUGUGACCCUUUGGUCUGUGGGCCGAAACUCUAACCACUGAGAGAACCGGCCAGGUAUAAGCUAACUAACACUCUUAACAAAGAUUAUAAAGUUAAGUGACAUGUAUGGCUUCAACAACAGGAUGAUUAAAGGAAAUGCCAUAGUUUCUCAAGUCACUAAAGUUGUUACUCAAAAUUAAGCACCUAGUACUAAUUUAAAGUGUGUUUAAAAGUAAGUUAAAUGAUUUGAAGACUGAUUUAAAAUGUCAGAAAAUACAUGUUGAUUGUCACUUUAAAAGCUUGUAAUUUGCCUCUGUAUUAAUUGAUGCCUAAACCUCUAUAAGAGAUGAAUUGAUGAUAAACUUCUAAUAAAACAUGGAAUCCCCCAGUA